GCCCAACAACAAGGCCCUUACCAUGUCCACGAGCGGCAUCAGCUCGUCCGGCACGGCAGGUGCACAGAACGGGCCGCAGAACACCGUCGACGGAAACCCCAACACCUACUGGAGCCCGCAAGGUCUCCCGAUGAACCACAAUAACUGGUGGAUCAUCUUCGACUUCCAGCGGGUCUACACCCUGUCCGCCAUCCGGGUCACCAACUACGGGGACACCACGCAUGACGUCACUGCCUUCAAGCUGGAGACGUCUGCCGACAAGGUGACGUGGCAGCCCGUGUACUCCACCUCGGGCGUCCGGCCGGGCACGAACCAGCCGCAGAUGUUCGGGGGGUUCUCCGGGACCGGCCGAUACUGGCGCUUCACGGUAACCAGGACCGCGUCAGGGAACCAGCCCUACCUCGUCGGCCUCAUGUUCUACACGAUCAUACGACGUCAAGAACAGACGCAUUUCAAGGUGGUCGGCAUGUUGAAGACGGUGGCAGAAGCGAAGGAGUACUGCAAGACGGACCAGAACGGCCACCUAGCGGACGUCAGGAGUAAGGCACUGCUCGACUUCCUGAUGACGACCAUCAAUGACAUCGGGAAAACCAAGAACUACUGGAUGGGGCUGCACGACGCCACGGGCGAGGGCGGCUGGGAAUGGGCGGACGGAGCUCCCCUGUCGAGCUGCAGCUACAAGAACUGGGCACCCGGGGAGCCCAGCAACAUCGGCGAGCACUCGUGUGUGCAGCUGUGGGCGGCAAAGGGCUUCCAGUGGGACACCGACGACUGCGGGGAGAAGAAGUUCUUCAUCUGCCAGAAAGGACCCGGAGAUACGAGCGCCUGCAGAGGCCAAUAUGGUCGAGAAGUCGAAGCGGAUGUCGGCCUGGAAGACGCAAUGGAAGAAGUGAUGCGUGAGGAGGAGCCGGAAGUGGAGGAUGGUCAGGCUGAUGACAUCUCGCGAGACAUGAGCGUGAGUUGGGAGGAGCAGGAGGCAGAUGACGUCAUCGCACGUGAGGUUGGCGACACUCCUGAUGACGUCAUCGAGCCCGGGGAGGAGGCUGGGUCGGAGGUCGAGGAAGACAUCGAAGAAAUCGAAGAGAUCCUUGAAGAGUUGAGGGAGGUUGAAGACGAGCAGAAUUUCGACUUCGAGCCAGAUGAUUAUGAGUAACGCUUUGCGUGACUAUGGGCGACCGUAGUUUUUUUUUCUUAAUUUUUGGCUGUUUUAAAAUAAGGUGCUUUAACGGGAUGCGGCUCUAGCUAAAGCUAAGUAUACAAACAUACAACGGAAUACAUCAAAAGUAAAGCAGUUAGGGAGUUAAGAUCAGGUGUAUACAUUAAAUUAGCUCUAAAUGCAUCUUACUUUUUUCUUUAUCACACACAUUUCUAUCGUCAUAUCACUGUAGCGUAAAACGCAUCCGUCACGAACAUGAUGUGUUUUUUUCUGUCAAUCAUAGAAUGACCAGUUCUCAUGGCAUAGUCUCUUGUUUCUUUUUCUUCAUUAUCUUCAGAUUUAAGCUUGUAACAGAAAGGUGAUUAAAAAAGGUUGAAGUGAACAAG